UUAUGGUAGACUUGACACAGAUGUAUGUAAGUUAGAUAUUCGACCUGGCUGGAGAGUGUGAUUGUGGAUAUCAGCGCUGUAGACGGAGAACAAUCGGAGGCCUUUUGGCUCGUCUUGUCGCACACUUGUGACAUAUAUUUUAAAGCUAAACGUCCAGUUAGCGCAGAGCCGCUCGAAUCAAACAACUGUGGACCGUGCAGAUGGCGGCUGUUAGGGGUAUGAACAAAAUGUAUGGAGUGUGCUUCCACGCUGUUCGCCAGACGGCAGGACUGAAGGCAUCGAGGCAGCUUCAACACAGAGCCUUCCGAGUCAGCGCCGUGCGGCAGCAGCAGCCCUUUGACUCAUCACUUGAAAAGCCGCAGUUCCCCGGAGCCUCGGCUGAGUUUGUGGAUCAACUUGAGUUCAUCCAGCCCAAUGUCAUCUCCGGGAUCCCAGUGUACCGGGUGAUGGACAGGCAGGGCAAUAUCAUCAACCCCUCUCAAGACCCUCAGCUCCCCAAAGAGACAGUUUUGAACUUUUAUCAGAAGAUGACUCUGCUGAACACGAUGGACCGCAUUCUCUAUGAGUCUCAGAGACAGGGUCGGAUCUCCUUUUACAUGACCAACUAUGGUGAGGAGGGGACCCAUAUCGGUAGUGCUGCUGCUCUUGAACCAAAUGACAUGGUGUUCGGUCAAUACAGAGAAGCUGGAGUCCUGAUGUACCGUGGUUUUCCUCUGGAUUUGUUCAUGGCUCAGUGCUACGCCAACGCCGAUGACCUCGGCAAGGGCCGCCAGAUGCCUGUGCACUAUGGCUGCAAGGACCUGUACUUUGUCACCAUCUCCUCCCCUCUGGCCACUCAGAUUCCUCAGGCGGCCGGUACUGCAUAUGCCUUGAAGAGAGAAAAUAUGAACCGAGCUGUAAUAUGUUAUUUCGGAGAGGGAGCGGCCAGCGAGGGCGAUGCACAUGCCGGCUUCAACUUCUCCGCCACCCUCGAGUGCCCGCUGAUCUUCUUCUGUCGUAACAACGGCUACGCCAUCUCCACCCCCACCAGCGAGCAGUACAGGGGAGACGGCAUUGCUGCUCGCGGUCCAGGUUAUGGGAUGCUGUCCAUCCGUGUCGAUGGUAAUGAUGUGUUUGCUGUGUACAAUGCCACAAAGGAGGCGCGCCGCAGGGCUGUGGCUGAGAACCAGCCCUUCCUCAUUGAGGCAAUGACCUACAGAAUCGGCCACCACAGCACCAGUGACGACAGCUCCGCUUACCGUUCGGUGGACGAGGUGAACUACUGGGACAAGCAGGACCAUCCCAUCUCCAGGCUGAGGCACUACAUGAUGGCCCGCGGCUGGUGGAGCGAGGACGACGAGAAGAGCUGGCGGAAGCAGUCCCGCAAGACGGUGAUGGAGGCCUUCGAGAGGGCCGAGAAACGGCUGAAGCCCAAUCCCGAGCUGCUGUUUACGGACGUGUACAACGAGAUGACGCCCGGUCUGAGCAAGCAGAGGGAGUCCAUGUUCAGGCACAUUCAGCAGUACAAAGAGCACUACCCGCUUGAUCUGUACGAGAAGUAACCGCACUGACAGGGUGGAAGCGGCUGAUGUUUGAGAGUGGGAUGAACCUUGUACUGUAUUCAGAAAAAAUAUAGUUUUGAUGUGUCAGUUGCUUCUGAGCAAAUUAUGGAGAGGAGAAAGAUUAUGCUAUCAACACUACUUCAUGCCUCGGGAUUUGGUGCCUUAAGUUAAUAGAUUUCCUGUCAGUGCUGAAUCACGUCUUUCUUUCACGGCAAUUCCAAGGUCACCAACGUGCAGCAAUAAACAGCAAGUGCUGUUUGAAUGCAUUAUAUAUACAAAUUAAUAAACAGAAGUUAACCUCAGUUCAGUAUGUUCCCUCUAGUCAGUUGUCCUCUUCAGUGGUUGUUCUGUUUAACAGGUUCCUUUGUGUGUCAUUGAGGCGAGUGAUUUAACUUGUGUCAAACAACUUCCGUGUUUUAAUUUAAUGGUUUUUAUUAGGCACACCCAGAUUUUAGAUGGGUUUGCAUGCUGUUACACACUUUCAAGUCCCAUAACUGGGUACCCAUCAAGCUUCUGUUAAAUGUUUGGUGUUUUGUGGUAAAUAAACUAUUAAACCUUCA